GUGAAGAACCUGACGGAGGAGAUGGCAGCGCUGGACGAGACCAUUGCCAAACUGGCCAAGGAGAAGAAGGCCCUGCAGGAGUCCCAGCAGCAGACACUGGACGACCUCCAGGCCGAGGAGGACAAGGUCAACACCUUAACGAAGGGCAAAGUCAAACUGGAACAGCAAGUGGAUGAUCUUGAAGGUUCCCUGGAGCAGGAGAAGAAGAUCAGGAUGGACCUGGAACGAGCCAAGAGGAAGUUGGAAGGUGACCUGAAGUUGAUCCAGGAGAACAUCAUGGAUCUGGAGAAUGACAAGCAGCAGCUGGAGGAGAAGCUGAAGAAGAAGGAGUUUGAGACUCACCAGCAGAGCAGCAGGAUCGAGGACGAACAGGCCUUGGCCCUGCAGCUCCAGAAGAAACUGAAGGAG